CGCGCCAAAGUACAUUUGUUUGGUUGUUUGUUGAUGACACACUACAGCAGCAGCAGCAGCAAUCGUCGUCACUCGACAAGUCAAUGUUUAGCGUAUCUAUGUGUGUUUGGUUUUUUGAGUGCUUAUGUAGUGGUGUCAGUGUUUAGUGCAAGUUUUGUUCUCUGCGUUGUGUUGCUGCUGCUGCUUGUGUCUAAUUUUCUCGUUGAUACCAAUUGGAUGGAUAUUUUUGUGUCCCAUUGCAAAAAUAAGGAAGCCGGAUCUGAAAACACGGAGACGAAUACACGUUCUAUGUCUUGCAGAGCUGAAAAUUAUGUGAAAACUGUGGAGGUCAUUGAUAUAAUGGUCAAGGUAGACACGAAAGCCCAGAACAACUCUCUUAAGCCUGCAGAGCAACAAACAGAAGCAAACUUUUACUGGGUGUGAUUGGUCUAAGGAUAGAUGGCAGAAAGCUUUCAUUAAGAUGGUAGUCACAAGGGCAACACAGCAUCAAAACUGAGUUAAGAUUUGAAAAAGGUUCAGAAAAAAUCCCGGUUGAUAUUCUGGUGCUCCAUGAAGACACAUUUAUUCGAGAACUCUAGGCUCCAGAAAAUUCUACACACCUACUAAAAUUAGGUUAAAGUCAGAGAACUAGAGCUGGCAACUUUUGAUUUUCGUUCCAUUCGAUAUUUUUCUUCUUAGCUGUCGAUACUAUUGAUACUAUCUAUUAAAUUUGUUAAUCUUUAGAAUCAAUUCGACUGGGACGAGCUUUGAAUACCGACUACAUACCUGGAUACCAGUAAAACAACCAAUCGCCCAUACUAAGACCAUCACCCAGAAAAUGUUCCACAGCGUUAUUAGCUCAGUUUACAUGAAAAUAAAUUUUAUGAAAGUAAA